ACGAACACCAGUUGCAGCUCCAUCCGUGGUUUUGUAGUGUAGUGUUGUAGUGUAGUUAGUGUGGCAAGGCGUCGUCGUCGUCGUCGUCAAGUGCCCCACCAUGGCACCUCCAGCUCCAGCUUUAGCUCCAGCUUCUUCACCAUAACCAUAAGGGAGGGUGCCCCACUUCGGUGCCAUGCUGUUGUGUGCCUCUCCUCGAGAACCAUUAGCCACGGCACUAGCCAUCCAUCCAUGCCCUUAGGUGCUCAUGUUCCUUGUGUAGUAGAUGCAAGAAGAAGAAGAACAACCAUCGUCCAAAACCACCUCGUCGUUGUUGAGAUCAGCAUCCCUCCCUGUCUGAGAAACAGGGUUGAGAGAGAGUUCGUUGGUUGUUGGGCGAUUUUGUGUAAUAUAAGCCGGUGUUGGAAGCUGUAUUCGUGCAGUGAAUGAGAAGAAGAGGAAAGCCCUUGGCAAUGAUUUUUGAUCUUGUGAAGGUCGGGUGUUGUUGUUGUUGAAGAGGACGAGGUUUUUAUUUGGUUUUGGUUUUGGUUUAUUUUUUGGGUUCGAAGUGGAGAGCCUCAUGACCUAUCGUGCUGUUACUGUCGCUUGUGUUGUGAUUCUCCUCUUGUUUCUGCCGGUUCCGUUUCAUGAAGCAGAACCUGCUGAGUGUAAGUGUAGUGUAUAUCAUCGGCCAUUUACUUGGAGAGUGAUCGAGAGAGAGCGAGAGAGAGAGCGUGGGAGUUUGUGCGGUUUGUGAAGAAGAGUGGGGUAAGUUUUGUCAUGCAGAGGAGUUUUUGACGGCAAGCGAUCUGAUUGUUUGUCACGGAGGUUUGGGAGUGAUAGAGAGAUGGUGUUUGAUUAGAUACGAAGGAUCACUGAGGGGGUUGAGAAUCGAAAGGGUUAGUUGUGCGGAGGGAUUCUUCUUCUUCUUCUUCUUCUUCUAUAUCUUUCUCUCUUUAUCACAUUCAACGAAGGAAAGAGUGCGUGGUCAAGCAACAGGAUGCCAGGUCUUCGAUACCAGCUAGGCAUGAGUCCCUUCACAGAUUUUCUGGAGUGCGGUGACGUGAACAUGCCUGCGUCGCGAUACAUGGGAGGGAUCUCUCGGGAUCGGGAGAUGGCGCGGCCGCAGAACGUACCGCAGUCCACGAAGGCAGUGCGUCGCGCUCAGCCACAGUGGUUGAAGCCGAUCAGGGAGGAUUCCAGGGUUAAUUUUCUAGGGACCAAACAUUGGGGCUCGCCGACCGUGGUCCCGGAUACGAGCUACGAAAGCGAUGAUCUACAAGCCAUGGUACAUGAUUUCAUCGAGAAUGACUCCGCCGACUGCAUGGAUGGGGUAGAGGGCGAUGGCGGUUCUCCCGUCCUGACGCUCACCGAAAACCUGCAGAUUUUAACUCAGCCGCAGAGCUCAUUAGAACGGGAGCUACUGACCGACGUGCAGCGCCUAUUGCUGAAUCUCAACGAGGACACCGACCUAAUCUGCGACACCAAUGACGCCGAUUGCAAAGGGACGUGUAUAAAGCGCCUCGUGGUGAAGCACCUGAAGAUGGCGAGUUACAGCGCCUCGGUGUGCAAAUCCAAGUGGCUUAGCUCGGGGCGCGUGCCGGGCGGCGAGUACGAGUACAUCGACGUGGUUUUCGAAGGGACGGACCGUCUGAUCGUGGACAUUCAUUUCCAGACCCAGUUCGAAAUUGCGAGGCCGACCUCCCAAUACUCUGCAGCUCUCAUGAGCCUGCCGACUGUGUUUGUCGGCACAAUCGCCAAGCUCGAGCAGGUAUUGCGUCUCAUGUCGGAGGCUGCCAAAGUCUCUCUGGUCCAGAACGACAUGCAUCUACCGCCAUGGCGCACGCUCGACUACAUGCGUGUCAAGUGGUUGUCAGAUUACGAAACCCUUGCACCGACUCCUUACAGAGGCUCUGCAAGACUUCAAUGGAGGGAUAAGAGAUCCUCAGCUGCAACCUCCGAGGCAAGGCAGUGUGGGGACGAGCUUCGACGCACGAAGCACUCCCUGAGAUUGGAGACCAAGGGAUUGGGAUUGUUCAAUCUCUCCCGAGAACGAAGCUCCCGUGCAAACUUGCUGCUGAGAUCUGCUGCUUAGGAUCUCUCUGUAGAUGGAAAUGGCAACCCUCAAGGCCUUUUUCAACAUUUUGACGCCAUUCUCUGGUACAUAGUUAGAUUUAAUAGACUGAUGUGACAGUGAGAUACCUUUUUUCUCUUCUUCUUCUUCUUCUUCUCACUUGCACCACCAUGCCUACACACGGGUAGUCAUGCAUGUUGACAUCUAAUACUCGGAAGAGGUAGAGGAAAGUUUUAUUUAUUUUUCAUGUUUUUUAGAAUCUAGGAAUCAACCGAUCAACCCCUGACGGAUCAAACGAUAUUGUAAUGAGACUCUGUAACGACGGACCCCACAUAGUUUUGGAGGAGUAGCGAGCUAGGCUUCGCGGAGCCCACCGUUAGAGUGUAGUGGCUACUGUGAGCAGCAGCUAUUUUGUUUGCAGAUGGGUUUCUGGGAUAUGCUGGACCACUUUAGCUGAAAGCAAAAGCUUACCCCUUUGGCCAUGUAUAGACCAAGGAUCCUUCCCUCAACUCUUCACGAGAAACCGAAGGAAUAAUUUGAUUUAUUACACUAAAUGUGAUGUUUCUUUUUUUACUAAUAAACUGGAGUUUCUAUUCCCCACAA